CACGCAUGGAAAACACCGUCCACUUCAGUUUCGCACAAUGGGAGGAGUUUGGUUCCGCGGACUUCCCCGUCUGAGGUUCCCGAAUGCCACCAGGAAGUCGGCUUCGCUGAAGCGGCCGAAGCUCAGCUGGAUUCCGCCGUAACAACAUGUCCGCCGCGGUUUGGGUCUUUUUCCUGGCGUUGGCGGCUCCGUGCGGCUCCGAAGUGGUACCGCCCAGCGGUGUCAACCUGACCUCCUACAACCUGGACCUGGUGCUGAGGUGGCUCCCGCCAGUGGGGCUCGACGGUGACGUGCGCUACACGGCUGAGUACAGAUCCUCCACUGGAAAUUACAGCAGUGGGUGUGUGAACAUCUCCGCAGUUGAAUGCGACCUCACGCGCCUCCAGUCGAAGCCUGAAACAGCCAUUUUUGAGUACGGAAAGUACACUGGCAGAGUGCAGGCGCAUUUGGGCUCAGAGACCUCGGCCUGGGUGGAAAGCAGGCCUCUGAGCUUGGACCAAGAAACCACCAUCGGCCCACCCACCGUCAACCUCACCUCUGGGCAUACUAUUGAAGUCAGCAUAAAAAAUCCAGUUUUGGCUAUCUCAUCGCUUAUCAAAACGUAUUCUACUGUCACCUACAACAUAAUGUACUGGGAGGACGGCCAGAAGGAAAAGGCCAAAUCCAUCAGCCACAGUCGACAGAACCGAGUGGUUCUGGAUGACCUGAAGCCUUCCACCGUGUACUGCGUUCAAGUCCAAAUCAACACAUAUUAUUCCGAGCCCAGCGAGCAGAGCAGACCUGUGUGUGAGAGGACCUUUGAUGAGGUGGAGCCUCAAUGGGUGACGGCUGUUUUGACAUUUAUUGGCAUAGCGGUGGCCAUGGCCCUGGUAGUAGUCACCGUGCUGCAUCGGAGAAGUAUAUCCAACUUUCUAUGUCCAAGGGAUGUCCUGCCUGAGCAUAUUAAGAAGUACCUGCUGACUCCUCCCAGCUCAAGCAUCUACCUAGAAAUGCAGAAGCCUCCUCUCCUGGAGGAGAACUACGACCCAAUAAGUAUAAUUGCAGAAGAGAAGACAGUAGAGGUACCAGAGAUGACCUGCAGCACCCGGACGGACAUCGCUGCCAGGGACCGGUAGACGGAUGGACCUGGCCACUGAAGAGGAGGCAACCUGCAGGCUGCAGUUGGGACAGUCAAACUGGGAAAUGUGCUUGGCUUCACAUUUGAAGACUGCACACAACUUCUGCAGCUGCCUCUAACUGCUGUAACCAUAUACUUGCAGACACACGACACCUCCCCGGCUUUAUUUAUGUGCUGUAGGACUUAAUGUUGCUCACAGUAACACUGUGUGUUUGCUACUUGAAGGAGCGUGAGCAGCUGGAUUAUCUGUUUGCUAUGAUUCUACUCAUGCUCAUUUUCACAGUUUGGACGUUUUCUUACUGAGAAUGAAAGAAUGAUAGGCAAACAAAGGUUUACAGGUAAACACACUGUAGUCACGGCAGUGCCGUGGUACCAAGUUGAUAAUUUAAUAAAGUCAGAUGCUGCCAGCUGACAUGAUGGAUGUGAUACAAAAUGGUCUCACAGAAAUGAGACAUUUAGCCUAAAGUGAUUGUUUCUACGCUGCCUGGGAAACUGGCUUUUAAACAAAGUGGAAUGCUAAUAGAUUCUAAGAACUACGUUUUGAUACUAUAAAAAUAUUUGUAUUGAGCAAUAUUUUUUCAUAUUUAAUAUACAUUAACCACCUAAAAAUUUCAAAAUGUCCUUAUGUUUUAAUAAAGUCUGACAUUUGAUGCACAAACAGUAUUUUUUCUGCAGACAACAUUGAAGGUAAAAUCAGCCCAAAAUAACUAAUAAUGACUUAAGUGUUGACUGAACUCACUUAAGAGAACAUUUAAAACUU